CUGUUGACCAGUGUCCUGGGCCUUUAAGAGUUGGAUCGGCAGGCCUGAGGGAAAGCGCUCACAUCUCUCCUCACCCUGCUCCUCCUUGGCUGUAACUCUUCCAGUUACAGCAGCAAGCUGCAGUCGAAGGGUGAAAGCAGUCAAGUGCAAAGGAGAAAGGGAGCCAGGCUGAGUCUUCUUGUUUUCAGCGGAGAGCACUGCAGAGCUCGGGAGGCAUCGUUUUCCAGACACAGGAUUACUAUCCUACCCACGGUGACUCUGGCACCAGCUGGUGGAGCAGUUGGUGAUGGCAUCUCAGCUUCAAGACCGGCUGACCAAUGAUGAGGACCUGCUGCUGAUGCAAGAAGGCACGAUGAUGCGCAAGGUGAGGACCAAAACCUGGAAGAAGCUAAGAUACUACAGACUUCAGAAUGAUGGCAUGACGGUCUGGCACGCACGGCAAGCUGAAGACAUAGCCAAGCCCACUUUUUCCAUCUUGGAUGUGGAGACGAUCCGUAAGGGCCAUGAUUCUGAGUUGCUGCGCCAUCUGGAGGAAGAGUUCCCCCUGGAGCAAGGCUUCACCAUUGUCUUUCAAGGUCGCCGCCCCAACCUGGACCUAGUGGCCAACAGUGUCGAAGAGGCCCAGGUUUGGAUGCGAGGACUUCAGCUGCUGGUGGAUCUGGUCACCAGCAUGGACCACCAGGAGCAACUGGACCAAGCUGGAUGGGUGAGGGAAUGGUUCCAACGUGGAGACGUUAACCAGGAUGGCCGCAUAAGUUUUGAAGAAACUCAACGGCUGCUGCUUCUGAUGAAUGUGGAAAUGGACGAAGACUACGCCCUCAGUCUUUUUCAGGCAGCAGAUGUCUCCCAGACCAACUCUCUGGGAGGGGAAGAAUUUGUACAAUUCUAUAAGGCACUGACUAAGCGCACUGAUGUUGAGGAACUAUUUGAGCACUUCUCGUCUGAUGGACAGAAGCUGACCUUGCUGGAAUUUGUGGACUUCCUUAGAGAGAAUCAGAAAGAAAAAGACCACGCCCCUGACCUUGCUCUGGAGUUCAUUGACCGCUAUGAGCCUUCUGAGAAUGGCAGAUUGCUACGUGUGCUGAGCAAGGAUGGCUUCCUCAGCUACCUCUGUUCCAAGGAUGGGAACAUCUUCAACCAAGCCUGCCUCCCCAUCUACCAGGAUAUGACUCAGCCUCUGAGCCACUACUACAUUAACUCCUCGCACAACACCUACCUACUGCAAAACCAGCUUUGCGGCCAGAGCAGUGUUGAAGGAUACAUACGGGCCUUGAAACGAGGGUGCCGCUGUGUGGAGGUGGAUGUGUGGGACGGACCGGACGGGGAGCCCAUUGUUUACCAUGGAUAUACCCUGACCUCUCGUAUCCUGUUCAAAGAUGUCGUGGCAACACUAGCACAAUACGCCUUCCAGUCAUCGGACUACCCACUCAUCCUGUCUCUGGAGAACCACUGCACCUGGGAGCAGCAGCACACCUUGGCACAGCACCUGACUGAGAUCCUGGGCGAGCAGCUGCUGAGCACCACCUUGGAUGGACUGCAGGAAGAUAGGCUGCCAUCACCAGAGGAGCUCCGGGGGAAGAUCCUGGUGAAAGGAAAGAAAUUAACAGCACUUGAUGAUAUUGAGGUUGAGGAGGAAGAAGAAGUGCUGGAGAGAGAUCAGGAGUCAGAUUUGGACAUAGACUCCUUCCCUUAUUUGGACACCCAGCCUCAGCCUGAGUCCCGGGAGCAGGUCUCUGAGAAUAAGAGCAAAAAGAAGGUUGUGCCGUGUCCGACGUCUUGUCUGCUUAUUUGUGGUCACGUACUGGCUCAGGAUCCUAGUUCCAUUCCUGGGCCUAUUGUCUUGUCCAACCAAGUGAGGCAGAACUCCAGGACCAUCUUGUGCCCAGACCUUUCUGCCCUGGUUGUCUACUUGAGGGCUGUUCCCUUCUUCAGUUUCACUCAUUCCAAAGAAAACUACCACAUCUAUGAUAUUUCAUCCUUCUCUGAGACCAAGGCCAAGAACCUCAUCAAGGAGGCAGGCAACGAGUUUGUACAGCACAAUGCCAGGCAGCUGUGCCGUGUGUAUCCCAGUGCUAUGAGGACGGAUUCAUCCAACUUUAAGCCCCAGGGACUCUGGAAUGCAGGCUGCCAGAUGGUGGCUAUGAAUAUGCAGACUGCUGGGAGUGCCAUGGAUAUCUAUGAUGGGUUCUUCCGACAGAAUGGUGGCUCUGGCUAUGUGCUGAAGCCAAAAUUCCUGCGAGACAUCCAGAGUUCCUUCAAUCCUGAGAGGCCCAUCAGUCAUUUUAAGUCCCAGGUCCUCUUAGUCCAGGUAAUCAGUGGUCAAAGACUCCCCAAAGUGGACAACACGAAAGAGACGACCAUUGUGGAUCCACUGGUCAAAGUAGAGCUCUUUGGUGUUCCUGAAGACACAACACAGCAGGAGACCGACUAUGUGGAGAACAAUGGUUUUAAUCCACACUGGGGGCAGACAUUCUGUUUCCGGGUCCAGGUGCCUGAACUUGUUAUGCUGCGUUUUGUGGUAAAGGAUUAUAGCUGGAAAUCCAAUAAGUUUAUUGGCCAAUACACCCUGCCUUGGACCUGUGUGAAAGAAGGUUACCGACACGUAUCCUUGCUCUCCAAAGAUGGCACUAGCCUUCACCCAGCUUCCAUCUUUGUGUACCUCUGCAUGCACGAAGACCUGGAGGAGGAAGAAGAGGAGGGGGAGGAGGAAGAGGAGGAGGAGCCCUGAGCACAGGGUGGGCCUUGAAGCAGAAAAAUCUACAGAUGCAUUAUCCUUUCCAACCUACAACUCCCCUCAAAUCCAGAGGCAACGAAAGGAUCAAUCAAGGAUCAAAGUCCCCAGUCAAAGGCUGGGGAAGAAUGCCUGACCCCAGAACUAUGACUCUCUAGAGAACAAUGCACAGCCCUGAACCCCCACUGGACUGCUGCUCCUUAGCUGGUCUAAAUAGAGCUUCUCUGUCCAAUUUGGCUCCUGUAUGGUCUGUCACUGUUGGGUAAGAAGGGUUAACAUGGGGCAGAAGAAGAGCAUUUGGGAGUCAGGAGGGUGUAUGGGCUGUCACUGUUGGGCAAGAAGGGAGAAAUGAGGUUUCCAAGGACUCUCUCCUCCUUGUGUUGCAUAGGG